GGGGCGGGGCCGGGGGCGCCUUGGGCCCGGCGCGGACCGCCGCGGGCAGGACACCCGAGGUGGGCGCCGGGCUGGGUGCCCCGCUCCUGCCCCGGCGGGGACGCGCGCUUCCUCUUCCACGCGCCGGGGCGUCCGGACGGGAGGGUCCCGGCGGGUCUCCGCAAGUUCGGGUCCCUGCGAGUCUGGGUCUCCGCGAGUGCCGGGUCCCCGCGAGUCUGGGUCUCCGCGAGUCCCGGGUCCCAGCGGUCUCGGGGGCUGCGGCCGGUUGCUCCGAUUGCGCCGGGGACACACAGACCGGACAGGCGCGGGGAGCAGGAGGGGGGCAUCCAGCGGGAAGAUGAGGAAGCCCGACGGGAAGAUUGUGCUUUUGGGGGACAUGAACGUGGGCAAGACGUCGCUGCUUCAGAGGUACAUGGAGCGGCGCUUCCCCGACACGGUCAGCACGGUGGGCGGCGCCUUCUACCUGAAGCAGUGGCGCUCCUACAACAUCUCCAUCUGGGACACCGCAGGGCGCGAGCAGUUCCAUGGCCUGGGCUCCAUGUACUGCCGGGGGGCGGCCGCCGUCAUCCUCACCUACGAUGUGAACCACCUGCAGAGCCUGGUGGAGCUGGAGGAGCGGUUCCUGGGCCUGACGGACACGGCCAAUGCCGACUGCCUCUUCGCCAUUGUGGGGAACAAGGUGGACCUCAGGGAGGAGGGGGCUGCGGAGAGCCAGGAGGAGGACGGACACAGCCCCGGGAUGGCCAGCGGCGGCUGCGCAUCGCUGAAGGUGCCCAAGCAGGUGCGGCCGGAGGACGCCGUGGCGCUUUAUAAAAAGAUCCUGAAGUACAAGAUGCUGGAUGAGAAGGACGCGCCGGCCGCUGAGCAGAUGUGCUUCGAGACCAGCGCCAAAACUGGGCACAACGUGGACCUGCUGUUUGAAACCUUGUUUGAGAUGGUGGUGCCCAUGAUCCUGAGGCAGAGAUCCCAGGGGCCAGCGCAGACUGUCGACAUCACCAGUUACAAGCCACCCGGACGGACCAAGGCUGGGUGCUGUGCCUGACUCAUGGGGCCCCCAACCCCAGUUUACAUGAUUGGCAGGUGUGUGGCCACCGAGCUGUAGUCAGAAGGGGCACAGAAAGUCAACGAGUUACUUUGUGACGGCGCCUGGAGGAGACCCGAGCGGAAAGAGCAGCUGGUUAUGAGGAGAAGGUCAAUGUGCACAGUUGCCUGCGUCUCCAUCGCUGCCUGGGGAGGUGGGGAGCAAAUGAAUCAUCUACAGAAAGCGCUCUGCUGAGCCGAGGCUGCUGGAGGCCUGUGCCCUCGCGGCUCCCUUCCUGACUGCCUGGCUCCGACCGGAGCCGUUGCCUGGCCGUGUGCACCUAUCGGCACCUGCACAUCUUCCCGCUUCUUGUGCUCAGAUGUCCCACUUCACUGUGAUUUAUCUUUGGUCCCUGUAUCUUGAGGCAUCAUAAUGAUUCUCGAUGUGAAUUUAUAUGAAAUCAGGAAUCACCUUUUUUAUAUUGGUUGCAGCAGCGUGAGCGACACAUAUUAUUAAAGAGGAUUUGAGAAGGA